CUAAGGUCUAUCACAUAUCAACCGGGAAAGCGGACGAAACCAAAUCGGGAUUUGUGCUAAAUUCAUUUCUUCUCUAUCUCUUCUUCUAUAUUUACUCGAACUUCAUCCAUACUCUAUCCCGAUAUAAGUAUGCCGGUCACACGCAACGCUAAAGGAACGAGAGUCCAAUCUGCAUAUGGGCAUUUCGUGAAGGACAACCUUAAGGAAGUCAAGCAAGAGAAUCCGAACGCCACAAAUGAUGACAUCGCCAGAGCAUUAACAGCGAAGUGGAAAUCUCUUUCUCGUGAGGAGAAAGAACCCUAUGAGCGUUCGGCGCGAGUAGACAGACAUAAGCAUGAGUCGGAAAAGAACUAUGGAGCUACGAAAGGAGAAGAAGAGGACGAGGAGGAUUGAGACGGAGAGGUCCGGUAAUACCUUGUAGGACGGGGAGAGGACAAUGAGCUGGAGUAGAGCGAGUGCCCUAAUACAUGAUUCUGCUCCAGUUUG